AUGGCUCUGCACACGGUGAAUGGGAGUGCGGCGGACGUGUCGGCGGGUUGUGCGCAGCAGGGGAACCUCAGCAUGGAAGUUACCGACUAUAAUAUCAGCUGCAACAACGGCUCUGUCGUCCCCAGACCGGCCAGAGGAGUCAAAGACAUGGACUCUUUCCGCAUCCUGCUCUACUCUCUCAUCUUCCUGCUCAGCGUCUUCGGCAACCUGCUGAUCAUCGUGGUCCUGAUGCUGAACAAGCGUAUGCGGACCGUCACCAACUCCUUCCUGCUGUCGCUGGCGGUCAGCGACCUCAUGAUGGCCAUCUUCUGCAUGCCUUUCACCCUCAUCCCCAACAUCCUGGAGGACUUCAUCUUCGGAGAGGCCAUGUGCAAGACUAUGUCCUACUUUAUGGGGAUCUCUGUCAGCAUCUCCACCUUCAGCCUUGUGGCCAUUGCCAUUGAGAGAUACAGCGCCAUCUGUAACCCGCUGAAGUCCCGCGCGUGGCAGACCAGAUCCCACGCCUACCGCGUCAUCGCUGCCACCUGGGUGGUGUCACUGCUAAUCAUGGUGCCCUACCCGGUGUUCAGUGUCCUUAAGUCUUUCCCCAAGGCCAACAGUACUCUUGGCCACAUGUGUCGCCUUGACUGGCCCAGCGGGCAAGCUGAGCAGACCUGGUAUGUGUUGCUGUUGUUCACGCUGUUCUUCAUCCCGGGGGUGGUAAUGAUGGUAGCGUACGGUCUGAUCUCCAGAGAGCUCUUCCGAGGCAUUCACUUUGAGUUGGGCCAGAACAGAGAGACCACCGGCCAGAAGAACGGUGUAGGAAAGGCUGCCACAGGGUCCACUGAUGAUGACGAUGGUUGCUACAUCCAGGUGUCUAAAAAACCCUCCUCUGCUGUGGAGCUCCCCACUCUCUCUGCCUCAUCUGGCGCCACCCGGGCCAAAAUUGAGCGCCCCCGCAGCAACACCUCAGAGGCCAAGCUGCAGGCUAAGAGGCGAGUCAUUCGCAUGCUGAUGGUGAUCGUGGCGCUCUUCUUCAUCUGUUGGAUGCCCCUGUUCUCCGCCAACACAUGGAAGGCCUUUGACCUGAGGUCAGCCUCCAAAGCCCUCUCGGGAGCGCCCAUCUCCUUCAUCCACCUGCUGUCCUACACCUCGGCCUGCGUUAACCCCAUCAUUUACUGCUUCAUGAACACCCGUUUCCGCAAGGCCCUGCUGUCCACCUUUGCAUGCUGCUGCCGCAACCGGCUCUGUCGCUGGUGGUGCAGGAGGAAGGAGGGAGGAGAAGACGGUGUCACCGCCACCUCCAUGGCCACGUCCAUGGCUACCUCCAUGUCCAAGUUUAGCUACACCACCGUCAGCACCACGGGCACCUGCUGAGCCUGCAGGAGAGAGCUGGGUGGUUCACAUCUGCGGCCGCCAGGACAUCUGUUUUGUCUGUAUCUUUCAUUUUUCACUCUUCAUCUUGAUAUGCUAUGAGUCACGCACUGAGUAAUAUCCCCGCCCUUGUUUAUUAGGCCUUUUUAAAAGGUCUCCUUCAAAAUUCUGUGUGCAUGGUUGCAGAAUGUGAUGCGGGGAAAAAGCUGUUUCAGUUUGGCGACAUUUUUCUUGUGUUUAAUUGGCAGCAUCCGCUUUGUUGCAUCCUGCAGAGAACAUCAAGUGCCUGUGCUCUUUGUGUGGCUUCGUUUGUCAUGGUAGUUUGUUCACUAGCUGGCAGACAUUUUAGUGAAAAACUGCGUUGAAUAGCCUGUGUACCUGUAAAUACUGUCUUAAUGUUCUUACUGUGCCAAAGGAACACUUUUGACAGAGACAUACUGUUGAACAACGAGGACUAUUACCUCAGCAAUGAAUCAGUAUAGAUUUUCUUUUGUGUUUAAUGUUGUUUCAUCUUCAUUCAUUAAGGGCAUCUAUCUCUCGCUUUCUCUAUGUUAUCAGAAUUAUUCUACUGAAGGCUACACAGGGCAACGUUGAAUAUUGCUGGGUCCCUGAUUUCUGAAAUAUUUAAACAGCAACAAAUCCUUCAAUUUACACAAAGAGUUAUCAAAGUAAGUUAGUCCAGCUUUUUCUGGACAAGCUUUUUGUCAGCUCUGACUUAGUGUUUCACUCUUAUUGAGUUAUGUUUCAUCAUUUCUUACAUGUACAGCAUUCUUUCUGCUAAUAUCCAAACUUCGUCUGAUUCUCAUUAAUAACAAGAUGUGUUGGCUGUUUUGCAGCAGUGCUCUGUGAUUCAGGCUGAUAAGGCAGGUGCAUCUUUACAUAAACAUCUUGAUGAUAAACAUCUAUCUGACUGUAAUAUCAACAUAACUUCUUGGCAUGCAUAAAUAUGAAAGCCUGGUAUUUAGAAUAAGGCAAUUGUUUCAUGUUGAUCCACCCUGCAGCAUAACAAACUGGAAUCAAACAGACUUGGUCGUGGAAAUCUCCUGUUGCCAGUGCUACAAAUGUAUGUUGAAUACUCAUGCAGACAGUAACAUCAGGAUGUGACUCAUUACAGAAAGGCUGAUUGCACCUGCUAGUUGCUCCAGUCUGACCCAGCUACAGAUGGCAUGGGUAAGUGCUUCAUUCAAACUCACCUUUUCUGCUCAAUUAUUUCUGCAGAAUCUUUUAUGUACUUUCUCUGCCUUUCGCUGCAGAUCUGCCAAUUACUCUGAGCAUUACCUACAUAUAAAGACCCCGUUUCUAGGCUUUGACUAACAAGGUGAUUCUCAGGAACCCUCACCUCUCCUGCAGUGCAAAUCUCAUGGCUUUCCCUUUGUAAGUAACUAUGUCUCUGCUGACGCACCACAUCUGAGCCCUUUAAUUAAUUAGAUAAAUGUAAAUGUAAAUGUGCUGUAUUUAUAUAGCGCUUUUCUAGUCUUAACGACUACUCAAAGCGCUUUUACAUCGUAGAGGAUACAUUCACCAUUCACACACAUUCAUACACUGUGGCCGAGGCUGGCGUACAAGAUUCAAAGAAUGGAGCUCAACAUGUGCUACAAUAAGGAGAAAAUUGUUUGGCAAAACCAAGUACAAAGUAAUGUCAACAGAAGUUAUAGAAAUUAGAAUAAAAGCACAAUAGCAAGUGUGUACGAGCCUGAGCUCAAUGCUCUUCGCCGCCCGCGUUACUGCAGGUUUACAGGACAAAAGCAAAGGUUGCUCUUAAGACCAUAGACAGUUAAAGAAAUGGACCAACAGACCCUGUUGUUUUGGACAGAGACCAGUGAAGGCCAUUAGAAGCACUUUUCCCGUGAUAGCCGAGCGUAGCCUCCAAGUCUUUAAACGCUUCAGAUGUAAAGUUAUUCACUGUCAAAGUGGCGCCAAAAUGAAUGGCAGUCAAUGGGAUGCUCAUGGCAGGUGUUGGCUGGCUAACAUCAAAAUGGCACCAUAGGGAGCUUUGCUUAGAGAGGAGAGGCCUACCCUCUUGGUUAAGACAUGAAGCAGUUCUGAUCAGUGAAAUUACCGUCCCUUCUCCGCUCUGUUGUGAAGCAGCGGUGCGUGUGCACGUCUGUGUGUGGGAGGAGCCCCUAGGCCAGCGGUUAGACGUAGCCUCGGGAGAUGCUACUUUCAAAUAUUGCCAGCUUUUUAACAUUACCAACGCUGCCUUUAACAAAUUCCAAAUUCUCAUGAAAAUGAUUCAUGAUGUCAUUCAUGAAUUCAGUCAACUCUGCCAAAAUAUGGACACGAUAGUGUUGCAGUGAAUAAUUUAAAACCACAAUAAGAUAAAAAUAGACUAACAGUUGGCUUUUGCAACACACAAAUAUCUGGAUUUGUGUAAAGUAAUACUUUUGUCCUGCACACGGGGUAUGUUGACAGCUUAGUGCUGCUAUUUCCUAUGACUUUCAUGUUUGGUCCUCUUUUUUUCAUGUCCUCCCAUCACCUAGCACUCACAGUCCCUGCAGCCCCCCUGCCUUCCUUUUUAUUCUUUUCAGUGCAGAGGCGUAUGAAUACAUGAAUGACAAUAGCGUGUGGGUGACAGCUGAGAUUUGCAGGCACAAGCGCAGUCCGAGAGCAGUUUACAGGCUGUGGCAGAGGUAGCGGCGAGCUCGGCUUGCAGGCAGACAACUGACAUAAAAAUCCCCAGCAGAGCUUUCCUAAACCCCUCACCUGGCUGCCUCAACCCUGUGUGAUUUUUUUUAUUUAAGUAGAAACCUUGCAAAUGUAGUCAGGAUUUAUUUCACGAUCUGUGCACACUUUCACUUUCCAUUAAACAAUAUUUAUUUACAUGUUACAUGAAUAUCAUGACCUGUAGAUUUACAACGCUCUGGUCAUGUGCUUUAUGAAUGAACAGUGCAAAAACGUCUGGGUAACCUUGCUAACUAACAGAUAUGGUAAAAGCCCUGCAGAGAUGUAGAGAUUUGCAAUUAAAAAUGUUCUGUUUUUGUUGAGUUUUAUGUAUCGGUUUCUCUAUUCCCUCAGCCGGCCAGCAGGUUUAUGCAUUAUUAAAGUGAGCAAACCUUCCAGAGUCAAGCUAGUUUUACUCAGCACAUUUUGUACAAGUGCAACUCAUUUCCUCAUUACAGGACAUGCUUCUGUAGUCAUUUCGAGUUGUUUAGUACACUAACGUGGAAGAUGAUUUUGGUCUUUUAAUCUUUUGAAUGCAGAGAUCACUGAACUAAAAUCUCAAAACAAGGUGCGAAAGUUAAGAUGUCAGAUCUAUACGCUUAAUACGAAGCGACAGCCAUCAGGCACUUGGCUUAGUGUAGCAUAGAAACACUGGGGAAAACAACAAGUCUGCCUCAUCCACCACCUCUAAGAUAUUAACCCUGGUAUCUGGAUUGUUUUAUCCAUGAAAACACAAAGUGUAAAAACGAGUUACGUUUUUAUGGGGGUUAUUUUUAAAUCUUUGAAGAGCCAGGCUGGCUGUUUCCUCCUGCUUUUCAGUCCAGCUAAGCUAAUGGGUUGCUGCUGUAGCUUCAUAUUCAUUGAUAGCAAUAGACUUGUCUAAUUUUCAGCAAGAAAGCAAAUAAGAACAUUUCCCAAAAUUUCUUAUUUUUCCUUUAAGGCCAUCUGGAGCCCUUCCACCAAGCCUCUGUUCAGUGUGAAUGUCUUCUGAAGCUUACAGUCAGCUACCGAAAUCAUUUAUAUUUUUACCAUAAAGCAGUAAGUUUACAGACUCCUCAAAAAACAAAGUUAAAAAAUGAAGCCCCCCCCCCCCCAAGGGGUGAGAAAUCAAAUUCUUACCCUGUCCCCAGAACAAUGCCUGAUGCAAAUUGAAACUGAAAUGAGACCGAGACAUGGGAGCGUUUGCACAGUCGGUUUCUCUCUUAUCUCCACCUCCCUCAACAAGAAACCCAUUAGGUGCUCCAGGCGGCACACAAGGAGGAAAAAAACAACAAGCCUCUUCAUUUCCGCACACAACACAUGUAACAAUUUUUGACCAUCUUGGGACACAAAAAGAAGUGACAGCACAAAAUAUAAACUGCAGUCGUAUAUCAUUAAUGUCACUUUUCUGGCAGUGAAAUAGUAACCCUUUCCGUAUUUGGGAUGACUUAUUAGAAUGUCAUUUGUGCCGUUUCAAGCUGCUCAUUAUGAUUUCCUAAAAAUGCAACAAACAAAGCUGAGUGGUUGACUGCUGGGAGUUAUGAGAUUUUCAGCCAGUAUUAAACACUGUCAAAAGCGCUCAUAAGUAAAUUAGAAGAUAUUGUGUCUCAAAUAUUUAUAAUGGCUACAAGAUGUGUGUGUGUGUGUGUGUGUGUGUGAGAGCCUCUAUUGGGUUUUUUAUUUUGUUCUUCUGCAGAAUAAUUUAUAAUUGCAAAGAGGGAUUUUUGUAGCUUCACCUCAGGCACAGAAUUAAAUAUUAUGUUUUGGCCUACAGGUUCUGCACCUGAAAAAAAUAAUGUGAUCAUCAAAAGAACCUGCUCUCAUCUGUUUGUUUUCAUGUUCAUUUUCUACUCAGCCUUCAAAAGUACCUCUUUGUAAAAAGGGAAAAUGUGUCUCUGGUAGCUUUCUUAUUCCCCCUUCCUUCUCAUACAAUGAGUGACAGGAAGAGUGGAGUUGUUCGUUUGGCUUCGUAUCACCUUCUAAAGUAGCAUCUUAAGUGUUAACAUUUAUAUACUGUAGUCUAUGGUGUUGACAUGCAAGUUAAAGUUUCAGCUUCGAGGA